UCUGUCAUAACUGAAAAACUACACGGCUCUAUGUAUCUCUCUCUCACUCACUGAGGGAAGUGGGCGAGGUUUUGCUCACCUCAGGGAUGCUGCUGGACAGCACUUGAUCGCAUUUGUAGUGUAGACGUCGUCAGGGGAGCUGCUGGGAGAGAAAAUGCUGCCGGGCUGAACACUCACUCUCUGGCCUCACGGACUGCUUUCCUCGAUGGCUGAAACGGUUUCCCGAAGCGAAGUGAAUCCAAACUAUGAAUUGACUUUAUGCGGCUAUUAAACCGGUCCGUUUUGGAAUGACAGACUGUUAUUCGUUUAAGAUUAAAAUGGAAAAAAACAGAAAACAACUUAAAUCAAAGCGAUAUCAUUUUACCGUGGGGCUGGUGUGUUUGUUUCUGUUGUCCGCUGACGCUUAUGAAUGUCCAUAUACCUGCAGAUGUUAUGACAGAUCCGUGAUCUGUGUGGACUCGGAGGAGAUCAAACUACCUCUCAAAGUGCCCAGAAUGACCCAAAACUUAACUUUAAACAGAAACAACAUCUCCGUUUUAUCCGACAGAGCGUUUUCAGCCAACGGGACAGAUAUGGAGUUGCUCGCGCUGUCACUGGAGGACAACAACAUACGGGAGAUAAAAAGUUGUGCGUUUUGUGGACUCCCCCGUCUUCUUUCCUUAGAACUGAGUCACAACCGUUUAAUGGCUGUGGAUGCUGGGGCUUUUUCUGGAUUGGGACAGCUGCGUAAUCUUUACCUCAGUAACACCUUAAUGGCUCCGGGCGCGAGCCACUUACCAAGAGCACUCUCCACUGCCAGUUUGUGCAAUCUUCAGACACUGGACCUGUCUGGAAACCGUUUGAAAACAAUUCCUCUUUCUGGGUUUGGCAACCUCAGUUUAACCACAUUAAUACUGACAAAUAAUUCCUUCGCGACCUUGGAUACACGCGAUUUAUCGAUGUUAAACGAAUUCAGUGAAAUAAGUAUUUACUUAUCAGACAACCCCUUCGAGUGUAAAUGUGACAAGCUGAAGGAGUUUAAUGAAUGGCUUAACAAUAGCACCCAAUGCAAAGACGCGGAUAAUCUGAAAUGCGCGCAACCCAAAGAGAAGAAGGAUAUAUAUGUGCUGAAAGUGUGCAGACAACAAGACUUGGGUUCUUAUGUGCUUCUCGGCAUUGUGUUAGCGCUCAUCGGAGUUGUGUUCCUCAUGGUGUUGUACUUGAACAGACGAGGCAUUAAGAGGUGGCUCAAUAACAUCAGAGAGGCCUGCCGGGAUCAAAUGGAGGUGUAUCAUUACAGAUAUGAACAGGACUCCGAUCCCAGACUAGCAAACGUUGCCGUUUAAGAGGAACCUCGUGACAUCAUCUCCUGGAACUCUUUGCUGAGACGCUACGAAACUGGAGUUUUCGAGACUUUUCGAGACAAGUGCCCUAUUAAAAGUUGACCAAAUCAACUAUCAGCAGAUAGAUACUUUUAAAAUGAACUUUAUUGCUGUCUCAUUUUAAAUGUAGCACCAUCCUAGUCACAUUUGUUGGCCACAUAACUCAUUAAGGCCGCCUCAUUUCAGAAAAGUAGCUACAUUACAAAGUAAAAAGACAUUACAAUAAUGUAUGCAUCAAGGAGUAAUGGUCAGUUUAAUAAUUGUUACUUUUCUGAAACAAGACUUCCUUAAUGACAUAUGCUGCUAACAAAUGUGACCUCCACAGGGCGCUUCCAGGAUAAUGGACCUGGAAUUUCAAUAACUCAUCUUGCACUCAUGGGCGUGUCCAAUUUAUUUAUUUUUUUUGUAAGUAAAAUGUUCUUGGAAUGAGAAUGUCCCUGCCCCUGCCUGUAACUAUCAAUCAAGGGGGGUUGGGUUGUUGCUGGAUAAAAAUACCAUUGAGAUGAAUGGGAAUGCUAACGGAUAGCUUUCUCAGGUAUUAUAGAUCUCAUUGCAAGCAAUAGAAAGUAGCAAAUCAUGGUUCAAGACUGUGACAUAAACUGAACCCUUUUGGCUAUUUUUUAAAAGAUCCUUAACGAGAAAUUUGUUGUCAACACAGGAAAGAAAACAGGGCUUAUUAAGCGAUUUCAUCGCUUUAAGUGUUCAUAUAUCAGGCAAUGGAAUGAAGGCGGUCUAACUGUAAAUACAUUUAUCAGUAUCAAAAAAUAAUACUAAGACAUAACAAUCCCAAAUAAUACAUGUAACAUACAAUGCAUUGCAUUGACUUGCUGCAUCAAACAGUCCAGUAAUAAAAAUCUGGAUAAAUCUAAUCUACAAACUGCACAAAA